AUGGCACCUUCAACAAAUCCGGCUGAAGCCCAGCGUCAACGAAGCUAUCAUUAUAGGAACCGCUAUCAGUAUAUAGCAGAUUACGUCAAUGUCAAUCGUCAACUAGACGAAAAGGACUUCAAAUCAGCAGCAAUAUACAAGAGGUUGAACAUUCCGUACACUUAUCAACUAACGUCUAUUCAAGAUCGAUAUACAAGAUCUACGAUGCGAGAAGUUGCUACUAUCGAAAAACGACGUCGCGAAACGGAGAGCUUUAGUGAUUUUCCAAACCAAAGUUUAAGCCCAACUUUCGAUUAUACUUCGAGUAGUAAUCAGCUACGUGUCCUCAGUUCAGCUAUCUCUGAAGCCUGCGAACUAUCCCAGUAUAGUUCGUCUGAAUCGGCUCGGUCAGAAUCUUUACCCGACAGACCGAUAUCGAAGAGGCAAAAAAGUCUAAAUCCACAUCGAACGCAUUCCACUUCUAGCUAUACUCAAGAUAGUUUCGAAGCUCGAAUCCAAGCUAUUGAUAUACUUAGACGAGAAGAAGAAGCGCGCGUUGAAACUUCAAAACGAUGA